AUUUUGCACGCGAAUGCCGCUCACGUGGUGGUUCAGGAAGAAGACGAACUCAGUUCGAGAUACAGAAGGAGUCCCGUUUAUGGCCUAAGGAGGUACAGUCCUCGUGGUGGAAGAUCUCCCAUACGUCGGAAACAAAGCAUCAAUGAUUGUGGGAGUGGCAAUAGCGGCAACCGGAAUUCUGUUGGUGGGUGGUUGCACAACCAGCAACAGCGACGGAUGAGGGUGGGAGAUCGGGUUGAGAUGGGA